UUUCAUUGUUUGCCACUCUCAAAAAAAGAAAAACCAAGAAGAAGAAGAUAAGACGUGUGAUGACGAAGAAGACUACGACGACGACGCUGGUAAACGCCAUUUUGUUGUUGCACAGGACCAGCGGCGAAGGAUCGAGAAGCAUUACUUAAGGUGAGACAAAAUGGGAAAUUUAAUGAACGUGUUUAAUAAAUUGUUUGGCAAGAAAGAAAUGAGGAUCUUGAUGGUAGGACUGGAUGCUGCUGGAAAGACCACCAUCCUGUACAAGCUCAAACUGGGAGAAAUUGUUACCACAAUCCCUACCAUUGGUUUUAAUGUUGAGACAGUAGAAUACAAGAACAUCAGUUUUACAGUGUGGGAUGUUGGUGGUCAGGACAAGAUCAGGCCACUCUGGAGACAUUACUUCCAAAACACACAAGGCCUCAUCUUUGUAGUGGAUAGUAAUGACAGAGAGCGAGUUGGUGAGGCGAAGGAGGAGCUGAUGCGAAUGCUGGCUGAGGAUGAGCUGAGGGAUGCUGUGCUGCUUGUGUUUGCUAACAAACAGGACCUGCCCAAUGCCAUGAAUGCAGCUGAGAUCACAGACAAGCUGUGCUUGCACUCACUGCGCCACCGUAACUGGUUUAUCCAGGCCACAUGCGCCACUAGUGGAGAUGGUCUCUAUGAAGGUCUCGACUGGCUUUCAAACCAGCUAAAGAACGCAAAAUGAUCCAUCGGUCCACUUUCUGUCUGUUGUCUCUGUCUGCAGUGUGAUGGGAGACUGCGCUGGUCCUGGUCCGAUUCUCUCCUCUUGUUUCCUCUUUUCAUCUGAAGUGUUGGAUCUUUGGCCAGUGCUCCUUGCAUCUGUGUACUGCAUGGGUGUGUUUGAAUGAGUAUUUUUGGAUGUAUGAGUGUGUGUGUUAGCCAAGUGGGAGCAGCCCUGCUGUGCCUUGAACACAGUUAACUCUCAAGCAACUCAUCCCUCCGGCCUCAGCACUUCCAACAGCACUGGUCUCCAUAAAGCAAACAGUGACACGGGAUUUUGAGUCCUGUGUCAACUGACAAGACUUUUGUCACGCUUCUCACAUUAAGGCCUUUCUGAUAACCAUACAUUCACCCUGAGAAGCCACACGGUAUAUCACAGUGUAACCCGUGUCAUGUUUGAUUAAAAUAAAAAACCUGACAUCUCUGAGCUUUUCACGUUCUUUUGAAAUUAUGAGUUUUGGUGGAGUUAAACUUUGACUGCUUUGAUGAACACUGGAUACUUAUUGUUUCUCUUUUAUAGUUUUAUGUUCAGAUUUUUAGUUUGAAUCCUUAAAUCUGCAUACUGUAUGUCAUGUUAAUGUAGGGUUAGGAAGUUAUGGCUAUUAUCCUGAUUCAUGUUACAUUAUGUGGAGGUGUGCUGAGCAUCAAUGGUGGAUGUGAGUGUCCGGGGUGUUGUGUGGCUUUCAGCUAUGUCCAGUCCACUGUAACGGCGAGGCCUUUUUAGAGUUGCUCCCACUCUGGCUUUUUAUUUACUAAUAGUCUUAUUUUCCUCUUGUAUCUAGUUCUUUUGGUUAGGGUCUGUGUUUUUUUUUAUGUGGCUAUCGUUGCGUGCAUGACCUGGUUUACUUAAGCGUAAGCUGAGGUGCCAGGUGUGCAGUCUUUUGAGUAAUAUGCUCUUGCGACCAAUUGGUUUGAUUCAGUAAGGGCUUUUUGUGUUUGGUUCAGUUUUGAAUUCGCCUGCAGAGUGUAAGGUUGCCUCCCACCUGUGUUUUUCCAGAGGAGACACAUGCUCUUGAACAAAUUGUCAGUGCUGUGAUGAGACGGUACGGUUGCAUUGGAAGUGUUUGCUCUGGCCUACUGUAUGAAUCAGCACUGUAAAUGCUUCCUCAGUGCUUCAGGCUUUAUGGUGUUUUUCCUGCAUGUAGCCAGGGCCCAUCCCCCUGGAGUUGUUAGGUCCGUCUCAUGCCAUUUGCAGAACACCAGCAGCUUGCACAACACAGGACUGUGUGAAGACAGCGGUUUAUCCCAUAGACAAGAACCCAUCCCAGUGCUUUAUACCAGCAGACAGUUAAAUGUGCAUGUAACAGUGUUGCACCAGUUAACCCAGGAACAGGCUAGUUUCUUCACACUUCCAUUUCUGUUCCAAAGGCUUCUGCUCUUAAUAAGAAACCAAUUGUGAACCGUGCACAGCCCUUACUGAGUGAAGAGGACUCUAAGGUCAUAAAAUCAUAUUGACCUCAUGAAACCACCCCCUUUUGUGUUUCUAUAACUGGACAUUUAGGUGUUUUCUUGAAGUAGCUAAUUGACUCUUCUGUUUGGACUCUUUCUUUGUCCGUAUGUUACGGUGUUUCUAUUUCCUAAACAUCUUGAGCAUUCGUCGGACAUAAGUGGCAUGAUCUGGUAUAAAGCAAGAAAUACAAAUGUAUAUAAUCUGUAAGAAAAUGUAUUUUAACUUGACAUUAUUCACCUACACUUGUUCAGAUGUGAAGCUUUAAUUUCUUUAAUGUCUCUGUACAGAUGAAAAGGUAUGUGCAUAUGUAUUUCUUAAUUACCUUUUGCGCUUUUUUAAACUCAUCUUGUAACAUCUGAUAAAUGCACUAUAAUAAAGAGAUCUCUAUUGUACAUCUCCA